AUGCGGCGGCCAAAGGAUGCCGCUUCUCAGAGUGGUUCAGAAGAGGCCACUCCGGGACAGGGGGCUGAAGAUUUCGCAUGGAUGCAAAAUUAUGAGGCUCCAACCACUCCCCCGUGUCCUUCCUAUGUGAACUACUCCAUUCGUAGAGAUUCCGCUGGUGAUGAUGCAUCUACGCUGAGCUCAGUGACGAGACUUGGCGACUUCGCAAGAGAUGAAAUACUCGCCUUAGCCGAUCUGGCUGGCGAGAUUCGAAGUCGUGGACUUACUGGGGUCAUGAAGGUUGCGGCUUCAGAAGCGAAAGAGAUUGUAUCAAGUCAGGCUGGUCCGAAAUUGCCCGCUGAUUUCCGAGCGCAUCGAGAAGAGGAAGAACCAGGGAGUCGGGGUGGAUGGGAUCGUUGUUGGAGGUGA